CGCUUCAGUGGCAGCAAUGUGCAGCUCACUCGCAAGGAGGAAGUCUGGCUUGGACCGUUUGAAUACUUCCAAAAUACUCCACAACGCUGCAACGUUCACGACGCGUUCAAUGCCCUGAAGGAACGUAGGAAAGAGAAUUUCCGGGCAACUUUUUUUUUUUUUUUUUUUUUUGGACAGGCAAUGCCAGAGUUGUGAUGAACUCUCCCGGUGGGUUGAAGGCGCGUUCAAUGCUGUGAUGGACGCUCACCGGGUACCGCAAGUGACAAUCACCCCGGAGGGAGGCGGGUCCUCGCGGGAGAUGCAGCAGGAGGACUGGGGCGAGAAUCCCGUGGACGGUGCCCUGCGGAGGAAGCUGUCGACCUCCUCCGUGUCCUCCACGGGGUCUUCUGCGGUGGAGUCUGAGGAUGACCUGCUCAGCGACAGCGAGAGCAAAAGUCGAGGCAUCAUCACUUUGGAACACCUGGCGGACACUGGAGAGAACAAGCCCUGGUGGAAGUUAAAGACCAUCGUCCAAUGGCCCUUUAGCGCCACCCAAAGAAGAAAAGUGAACUGGGUGCAGCUUGCUGGUCAUAAAGGUAACUUUAAAGCGGCGCACGAGGGGACCAUUCUAAAGAAGUACUCUGAAAAUGAGAUGCGGUGUUUCGAGAGGCUGAGAGACGACGCACUGCUUCCGUUCGUGCCUGUUUACCACGGCGUCGUGGAAAAAGACGGGGAGUCUUUUCUACACAUGGCUGACCUGCUGAUGACCUUCGACCUCCCUAAUGUCAUGGACUGCAAAAUGGGAGUGAGAACCUACUUGGAGGAAGAGCUGGUUCGAGCGCGGGAGCGGCCUAAACCGAGGGAGGACCUGUACAACAAGAUGGUGGAGGUGGACGGCGAAGGACCCACUCCCCAGGAACAUUCCCAACGUGGUGUCACCAAACCUCGCUACAUGCAGUGGAGGGAGAGCCUGAGCUCCAGCAACACAAUGGGCUUCAGGAUAGAAGGCAUCAAGAAAUGUGACGGCACGUGCCGGACUGACUUCAAGAAAACCAGGUCAGAGCAGGAUGUCAUGGUGGUGUUCAAGGACUUCGUCGGAGGGAACGUCAAGAUAAUAAAGUCCUACCUGAGCAGACUGAUGGAGAUCCGACAGGCACUGACAGCAUCAGAGUUCUUCAAGCGGCAUGAGGUCAUCGGCAGCUCUCUGCUCUUCAUCCACGACCACACGGGCAACGCGCAGGUGUGGAUUAUUGACUUUGGAAAGACCACGGCGCUACCCGAAGGCCACACGUUGAAACACAACGUUCCCUGGCGAGAGGGCAACCGCGAGGACGGAUACCUGUGGGGGCUGCGAAACCUCAUCCACACCCUGGAGGCUGCGAGCGACGAAGGGAGCAGUCAGGAAUAAACCUGACUCGACUGUAAACGCGGCAGAGGAAGUGGGUGAAAGGUCACCACAGGGAGACAUUUAGUGCGGUGUGGUGUGGGAGUUUUUUUUUUAUUAGGGCUGUGAAAGUGGAACUUUUUUAUGUGAUGUGAAGAAAAGCAGACGUGUGGAAGAAAGUAUUGGGACACCUACAGCACAGGAAGUGUAGCCUACUUGCAUCGCCUACAGCAGCGGUGUCCAAAGUGCGGAUACAUUUUGGGCAUGUUAACCCGGCCCAGAAAACAUGUCGAGAGGUAUUUUGACGUUAUGGCCUGUACAAAACUAUUUGUCGCCAUGGUUACACACUGUUACCAAACAUAAGUAGGGCUUUUCUCCUCAUCGAGCCUUAUCCAGUUUUAACAACUUAAAGUUUUGUCUUUAAAUACAUACAGGCGGUCCUCAUUUUACCGUAUUUCGCCGUUAUUAAUCAUCACUACUCUGGGCCGCCCCUUCCUAUACGCAGAUCACGCGCUGUGCAGGAUGUAGGGCCCCGCUAUCCGUGAGGAGCCCUGUUUUUCGUGAAGAAGCGCAUAUAAAAAGUCAGUUAAUGAAUGACCAAGUGUUUCAUUUGAAUUUUAUCGCAAAUGCAUUCCUAGUUCGUCACUGAAAAGAAUAUGGCAAAUUACACAGGAAACACUUAUUGUCACUUGUAGCACUGUAUCGUUGGCGAUUGGGAACUCGGAUCGAAUUUCGGUUAGUAACAUCCAUGCAAAUUUAUUUAUAAUUAUGUUUAAUUUAUUUUGCACUUAAAAAUAUUAUUAAACAAUUUCUGUCCCGUUUGAGAACAAAACAUGCAUCGAAAUAAAUUCAAGCUUGGUUAAAAAAAAGAAAAAAAAAAGGUUUCACAUGAAUAAAAAAGUGUGACAUUUUUUAAUGAGCGGGGCCUCAAAGUUAAAGUUUGGCUUAAAGUCCUAAUUUAGCCAGGGGCGGCCAUGUUAGUACUGUUCAAAUAGAAAAUGAGAACAAGUUGCAAUAAAUAAGUGGGCGGAGACGUAGUCGCAUGAUGCUAAACAUCACUUUGGUUCUUUUUAGUUCACUUUUUAAGUUUAACCUCCAUUAUUAGACAUAAAGCAGACUCUUCUGCCAGCAGUGCGUCAAAGUAAAGGAAAGUGAAACAAGACAACCGAACUUAAAUCAAAGUUUUUUUUAAAUAAUCGAUUUAAAGUUAAAGUUCCAAUGAUGUCCUCUGCAUUUGACCCAUCCCCAUGUCACCCCCUGAGAGGUGAGGGGAGCAGUGAGCAGCAGCGUGCGUCACGCUCAGGAAUCAUUUGGUGAUUAAACCCCCAAUUCCAACCCUUGAUGCUGAGUACCAAGCAGGGAGGCAAUGGGUCCCAUUUUUUGUAGUCUUUGGUACGACUCGGCCGGGGUUUGAACUCACAACCUACCGACCUCAGGGCGGACACUCUAACCACAAGGCCACUGAGCUGGUAUUAAUUGUUGCAGCCCUAUUCAAGUUUGAAUAAAAAGUAUAAGAGAAAAAAUCUGGUAAUGAGCGGGGCCUCAUUGCAAAUUAAAAUUCUGCUUAGGGCCUCACUUUAAUAUUGUUCUAAGAGAAAAAGAGAACUGGAUGCGGAAAAUACGUGAGUGCAAGAAUACGAAGUCGUGCAUUGCUAAACAUUUAGUUAACUUUCGGUCUUUAACCUCCGUUAUGUCUCCCAAGCACAAGGCAGACUCUUCUGAUGGUAGUGCGUCAAAGAAAAGGAACAUUUAAAAAAAAAGAUAACGUAAAAUGCUCAGAAAUCAAUCAAUCAUCUGAUUUGAUUGUUUUUAGCACUUUUCAUACACAGGCAAGUUGCUACACAAAGUGCUUUACGCAAUAAAAAUAACACAUGCACGAAGCAAAAAAUAUAUAAUAUAUUUUAAGUAUUUGAAUAAAUAAAUACACGAUUGAGAAUAACAGUAGUAAUGAUAGCAAUAAAUAAAGAGAAAAAAACUGAAUAAAAAUGUAAAACCUAAGAGUUUAAAAUAAUUAGUAAAACGCCUGAAUAAAAAGUGUGUGCCUUUAACUUUUAAGAAAAAUGGACUAGAAAGUGAAUGAAUGACAUCUUAUACUGUUGGACCGAAAAUGACUGGAGGAUAAAUAUUGUUUUCUUAGAACGAAAGAAAGGAUAUUCCAUGAAAUGAACUGUGAUACAUAGGCAGCAUGGUGGUCUCAUUAUUGAGACUUCCUCCUUACAGUGUCCAUGCCAACCACAGGGAUGAAAGUUGAAUGUAACUCUUGUCGUUCAUCUUUUUUAUUGCUGAUUUGACCUUUUACCUUCGUGUGUUCUGUGUACAGUCUGGGUUAAUUUAGCCAACAUUCAGCUGUAAGUACAGUAGAUACUGUCUUGUCCCCUCGGCCUUUUUAUGAAAUAUAUCGAAUAUAUAAAAAUAUCAGCAUUCGCUGGAAACAGCUAGGACACCCCUGGUCUCCGGUGGCCGUAAUCCUGGAACUAAGUGACAUGUUUAUAUGUGAAGGCCUUCAAGGAGAACAGUAAACAAACUGACAUCAGUUCAACCGCUCGGCAUUGUGAAACUAUGCUUUUACUUUAAAAUUCAUUGUCAGAUUGUACAUGAAUGCUGAUUUUUGAUUGCGUCACAUGACCUCCACACUAACCCACGCCCACAGUUGUUUUAUUCUUUAAGUUAAUCACAGCUUUAGUUAGUUUGCUGAUUUGAAGUAUCUGUGUUGGCCCUGCGAUGAGGUGGCGACUUGUCCAGGGUGUACCCCGCCUUCCCCCCUCCAGCACCCCCCGCGACCCCGAGAGGGACAAGCGGUAGAAAAUGGAUGGAUGGAAGUAGUUUAGUAUAUUGAGCUUUUAAAAGAUACUGCAUUUGGAGUUGUAAUUUAUUUAAAUGCGCUUGUAUUGGAAGAUACACACUAGCAAGAUCCUCACUCUCUGGUUAAUAAACACAUUAUAAUGGGACUGUCUGUGAAUAUAGCUCGCUGCUACAAGAUGGCAUCAUAUAACGCCGCUUCUUAAUACAAAUCAUAAGCACGUGGUCUGUCAGAGAAUAAGAAGACAUAGCAGGAGGGAUCAGUAUUGCCAACUUAGCACAAGUAGUCCUCUAGAUACUAAUUUUCUAAAAAAAAAGCUAGCAACUUUUUCUGGUGUUGUUGGAUAAUUUUGGAGACAGAAAUUAUUUUGAAAUGUUUCAUCCCUCUCAACCAGCAGCAGGUGCCCCUCCUGCAUCCCAAAGCGCUCACCAUCGUCCAUCUUUUUUGUGUCAUUAAGAGUUAGGAAUGUAAGAUUUUUGUGUUUUUUAAGCAUAUUCCAAAACAUAUUUUUCAUACAUUUAGCAUUAAAUGGCUAAGUGAAGUAAAAAUAUCCAUACUACAGUAGUAUUGGCCUAUAGAUGAGACCAAACCUGCUUAGUAUUAUGGCCACUGAUAGCAUUAUUAUAUUGGAUUCAAAAAGUGUAGAGAUUACUAAUUUCAUGUUAAGAUAGUUUUCAUAAUGUUAACAAUGUAUUUAGAAUGUAGGUAAAUUUUUUACGUCUGUCCAACAACAUGCAUUAACACUGAGGAGACCAAUUUUUGAAGCUUUUUCAGGUGGAAUUCUUUCACAUUCUUGCUUGAUGUACAGCUUAAGUUGUUCAACAGUCCGGAGUCUCCAUUGUGGCAUUUUUGUCUUCAUAUUGUACCACACAUUUUCAAUGGGAGACAGGUCUGGACUACAGGCAGGCCAGUCUGGUACCCACAGUCUUUUACUAUGAAGCCACGCUGUUGUAACACGUAGCUUGGCAUUGUCUUCCUGAAAUAAGCAGGGGCGUCCAUGACAACGUUGCUUGGAUGGCAACAUAUGUUGCUCCAAAACCUGUAUGUACCUGUUACCAUUAAUGGUGCCUUCACAGAUGUGUAAGUUACCCAUGUCUUGGGCACUAAUACACCCCCAUACCAUCACAAAUGCUGGCUUUUGAACUUUGCGCCUAUAACAGUCUGAAUGGUUAUUUUCCUCUUUGUUCCCGGAGGACACGACGUCCAAAGUUUCAAUUUUUUUUUUAAAUGUGGCCGAGUCAGACGACAGAACACUUUUCCACUUUGCAUCAGUCCAUCUUAGAUGAGCUCGGGCCCAGCGACGCCAGCUGUGUUUCUGGGUGUUGUUGUAAAUGGCUUUGGCUUUCCAUAGUAGAGUUUUAACUUGCAGUUACAGAUGUAGCGACGAACUGUAGUUACUGACAGUGGUUUUCCGAAGUGUUCCUGAGCCCAUGUGGUGAUAUCCUUUACACACUGAUGUCGCUUUUUGAUGCAGUACAGCCUGAGGGAUCGAAGGUCACGGGUUUAGCUGCUUACGUGCAGUGAUUUCUCCAGAUUCUCUGAACCUUUUGAUAAUAUUACGGACGGUAGAUGGUGAAAUCCCUAAAUUCCUUGCAAAGCUCAUUGAAAAAUGUUCUUAAACUGUUCGACAAUUUGCUCACGCAUUUGUUGACAAAGUGGUGACCCUCGCCCCAUCUUUAUUUGUGAAUGACUGAGCAUUUCAUGGAAGCUGCUUUUAUACCCAAUCAUGGCACCCACCUGUCCCCAAUUAGCCUGUUCAACUGUGGGAUGUUCCAAAUAAGUGUUUGAUGAGCAUUCCUCAACUUUCUCAGUCUUUUUUGCCACUUGUGCCAGCUUUUUUUAAACAUGUUGCAGGCAUCAAAUUCCAAAUGAGCUAAUAUUUGCAAAAAAUAACAAAGUUUUCCAGUUCGAACGUUGAGUAUCUUGUCUUUGCAGUCUAUUCAAUUGAAUAUAGGUUGGAAAAGAUUUGCAAAUCAUUGAAUUCUGUUUUUAUUUACGAUUUACACAACGUUCCAACUUCACUGGUUUUGGGGUUUGUAUUAUUUUUGAAGUGGUCACUCCUUGUAUUGAGUUUUCAUUGCUCUUUCCCUUGCUGAAUACAUAGAUAAAACAUAUUGGAAUAUUGUGAAAUGCAAAAAAAAAUUAAGGAAAAUGUAAAAAAAUGUUUUACCUUUAACAGUAAAACACUAUUGCGGCAUCCUGAUGGGUUCCUGUGCAGUCCUUUUCUGCUUCUAGGGGCAGAAAAUAAAGGAAUAAUUGUACCCCAGAAAUACAUAUAGGGUUGGUAUAAGUUUAUUUACUUUUGGGCACAUUUUGGUUAGAUGCAAAUUAUGAAAGACACGUUACAUUGCAUAGAGUUUACACUUUAGCGACGUGAAAACAAAACAAUGUGAAAUAAAAUGUAUAAUCAGUGUUAAGACAAGGAAAUAGGUUAAUCAUUCAAUUCACCUUUAGCAACCAAAUAUCAGCAGGUUUCAACAUGUGAAAAGUCAAACAUUGUAAAAAAAUUUCCAGGUCAAACAUACUGCGGUUAAUGAUACACAAUCCACAAGAAUAAAUCAUAAAUACAGAAUAUAUAUAUUAUCGUUGUAUAUGUGAUUUAGCACACAAGACUGAGGUCGACAGAGCAGCUUGGCGGUACAUUAUGUCACAGCCGAAUACCUCCCUCUGCCGAGUAAACGUGGGUACUACAACACCGGUGUCGCAGUAUGGCAGUGAUUCACUACAAGGCGAUAAUAUACAUUUUAUGGCUAAAAAUGACGAGUAAAAAAUACAAAUGUUAGUCCAGUGUAUAGAGCGUAUGAAAAUAGCAAAACAUGUUAACAUUGUAUAUAUUUGUCAUUUUGAACAUUGAAAAUCAAGACGAAUAUCUUAGCUACAUGCGACUCUUGAGUUUAAAAGAAAAUAGCCACAAAGUACAACAACAUCCAGCUCCUUAAAAUGUAAAUUCUGUAUUUUGUAAAGUAUACUUACUUAUAAGAUUGACGCCACCUGAGUUCUGAAUUGAGCUAUUAGCUUAGCUUCGCUAUAUCUUUAGCUAUUAGCUUAGCUCGAGGACCACAAAGAAGGAGCUCUAAAAGCAGCUUUAAAAGAACUCACUAGCUUUUGUCCACAAAUUUGCUCUCCUUCCCUUCUAAAACGUCAGCAAUAAACACAUCAAAUUGUGUUUAAUUCAAGAAAUAAUAAUACAAUUGAACCACAAUAGCAAUACUCUACAGUAGGAGGCAGGGGGAACGAUUACAACGUCCACACGUUGGAUCGACAUUAGCGUGACAAGCGCGUUAUUUUUUUUUGCUUUAUUUUCUCAAUUAAAGUUUUUCUGCUGUAUUGUUUAAAACUGUUGUAUGUUUUUAUUGGAUACAGCUGGGCUUUGGGGACAAAAACCCAAUAGUAUUUUUGUAUUUGGUGUAUGUCAUAAAAGGGUUUCAUUGUAUUGUUUGUUGUAAUUUUAACAUGAUCUUAUAUUGUAUUUAUAUAUUAAAUACUUAUGUAUUUUCUGAU